ACAAUUGGGUUAAAGAGAUAAUCUCUAUUUCUCUUGUGCAAGAUCUCUUAUUACAAGUGAAAAUGAUCAAUGAAUCCGAUUGUAAUCGGAUGAUAUUGUCUGGCGUCGUAAUGGCCGAGACCAUGAAGGAAGCAAGUCGUGUUGGCCAGGUAUCCCGGUCGUCGUCAUCGUCGUCUCUAUUUCGGUCUGUGUAUCAUCAAGGGGUCAGCAAGUCUCGGUUUAUCUCUUCGGGCAUCGCCUCUUUGUAAUCCCUCUGAUCGAUGUCCAACUAACUCUGAGGAGGAAUCCAUAAAGAACCCGCGCCAUGGCGUGCAUCAUCGAUUGCCCUCCCCGUUGCUAGCGACGCUAGUCGACAAAGAGAGGCAGAGGGUGCGGCACAGCACAGCACAGCACAGCACACGAGGGUCCGCCGGUGGCCGCCCCGGCAGCUGACGCAGCAGCAGCAGCGAAGAGGAACUCUCACCGUCGUGUAAUACCGUCGUCGAUCUGCAGUGUUCCUCCGGCCGGGGUCUCGCGUGCAUGUGCCUCAUCCUCCGCGUGCAUGCCAACUAUUGCGACAUCUUCGCCGAAGGCUUGUGCAACUGCUGGUGGCGACGCCCACCCAACCGACGCUUUUAGACCUCUUGAAGGUCGACAAAAGGUCGAACGACGCCGCCGUCGUCCAAGACCGCAACGCACCUCCGCAUACGGUCGCUAAUCGCACCACGUCCUUGGAGCGCUCUUAUCGAUACGUAAACAGCUCCAAGGUGAAGACGUCGUCGGAUCCACACAGGUGCACGGGCUAGCAUGUCCGUGCCGUCGAUGGUACAUCGAUCAGGAGAGCCUCUCACGACGACUGCGCUUUUCGACGACUUUGACGACGAAAAAGACCUCCCCGAGUGCAAGGUGAAGCGAAACUACUCGUGCGCCAGCUGUGACUUCUUCACGCAAAACCCCAGGCACUACCUCUACCACCUCCGCGAUGUCCACGAGGAGAAAGUGAGGAUCUACGAGUGCCCCAACUGUCUCUACGCCUCCAAACACUUCCAGAAGCUGCUAAGGCACACCAAGAUGGUGCACGGCGACAAGGACGACGACGACAGGGCGGACACCCCGCCCCCGGACGACCCCGAAACGGUGUUCAAGUGCUCGGUGUGCGCGUUUAGCGCCCGCACCCGCGCGCAGCUCGACCGUCACGAGCGCGCCGAACACAUCAAGACAAAGUUCUUCAGGUGCACCAAGUGCACGUACGCCACCCACAUGAAGGCGCGUUUCACCAAACACGUGAAAUACCACUCGAUGCCGAUGAUCAAGUGCGACAUGUGCGACUUCCGCACCCCUUACAAGUGGAACCUGGACCGCCACUGCAAGAACCACAACGGCAAAGGUGCGUUCCGAUGCUCGGCGUGCAACUUCACCGCCGACAUCAAGCAAAGUCUCACCGUGCACGAGAUGAACCACCAUGUGCCUCCCGUGGGCCAGGCGGCCGGUUUGGGGGUGGGACGCCGACGCAACAAGGUGGGGGCGAGCGACGCCACCGCCGCCGAGGAGGCCGCACGCCAAGAACAACAGGUGCCUUCUGAAGUGGAAAAGAAAGUGAAGCACAGCCCUGAGCAAGGGUCCUUCGGGCCGGAUUUUAUCAACCCGGAUGAUAUCAUCCAUCAUGCCAAUGGCAACGUUUAUAUCAAAAAUAAGUGCAAACUGUGCAAUUUCAAGACGGCUUGGGCCUCGGAAAUGACCCGUCACGAGCAAAAAGUCCACAACUUUAACCCUGAGCCCAAACCGAAAAAACCGACAAGACCCAUACCCAACCUCAUCCCUAUACCUUCACAAACUUCGGUGUUAAAACUUCCCAAGAAGAAUAAGGAACAAGAACCGGAAAUGAGCGAGCAAGACAUUAACAAUAUUUGUGCGAAAUCGGCCAAUAGUGCCCUCAAAGACUUUGCUUCGUUGUUCGACAGUGAAGAUGUUUUCGAAAAUUGCGAAAACAAAAUCCCUGAUCUCAUCCCAACCACUAAACAAACCACCGAUGAAUUUAAACAAAAAAACGCCUCUUUCUUCGAUAAACUCAAGGAGAAACUGAUGAGCAGCAAUGGGACUAACUCUAUGACGUGUCAAUUGUGCGGCUAUCAGAGCAAAUGCUUGUCUGAACAACUCAAACAUCAGAAAAAGUGCGGCAAGGAGAGCAACCACCCUCCAAGCUUAACCACGUUCACCAGCUCCUCCAGGUGCCAGUAUUGCCGUCAAAGGUGCAAGUCAAGUCAAGGACUUUACACCCACCAAUUGACCUGUCCCGAGUAUCUCAAAGCGGCCGAAGAAUCCGAAAACGAGCUUCGAAUUGACGAAAGUCAGUCCGAAGACGGUGAAAACAACAACAAACCCCACCCUAUGGAAAAUCGCGUCUUUAUUUGGAACAACAUCGAGUUUCCAAUGGAUGUCGAAGUCGACGAUUCCAAGUAUGAGUACAAAGUGGACGACAACGUCUCCCUGGACCUCUCCGUGCGCACCCAAUCACCAGGAGGUAGCGAACGCAGCGAGAGCAGCUACGUGGGGGCCCAAGAAUUCGCCACAACCCAUCCCGUUACCGACAAGAUCCCCACCCAUGGGAACGACAUCACCGUGGCGCAACACAAACGCGUGUUCAAGUGCCCACAUUGCACCUUUUGGGCAUCAACAGCGUCACGUUUCCACGUGCAUAUCGUCGGUCAUUUGAAUAAAAAACCCUUUGAAUGUUCACUGUGUGCGUACAGAUCGAAUUGGCGAUGGGACAUCACCAAACAUAUUAAAUUGAAAUCGGUCAGAGACCCAGCACAUGAAAGCGCCAAAGUUUUAAUGACGGACGAAACAGGCCGAAGAAAUUACACCAAGUAUAAUAAAUACUUGACGGAGAUACAUGUGAGUGGAAAUCAAAGUUUAGAUACGAGUGGUGGGUCGGGAACAAGGCCGAAACAUCACGAUCGCAAUACUUCGCCGACUCAGAAUAAAGGGGAUUUACCGAAAUUGACGCGAGCGCCGUCUGGGAAUGAUUUUAGUCCGUUGUUGAGGCCUCCGCCUCCAUUGAAAGCCGCCGAUGGAUCGUUCUUCAAGGUUGAUAAGAAUAAAAGGAACAAUAUGGAUAAUAAGAGGACGUUUUUCAAAUGCAAGAAGUGCAAUUUUAGGGACGCCUCUCGCGAGAUCCUCUUGGCGCACGUGAAGGGCCACUACCCGCAGGGCCUUUCGACGCCCAGUCCAGGUCAGGACUUGAGUAUGCGAGGUUCCAGUCCAGAGAAAGACGAGGCAAGUGUUAGCACGUCAGCGAAAGGGAGCCAAGCGCCCUUCCGCUGCGGUCACUGCAACCAGGUAUCAAACUGGAAGCAUGUCAUUCAGCGUCACUGUCGCCUGAAACACAGCGGUGAUAUACGCGUCGUUAGCAACAAAAACGGUCAAGAAAAACUCGAAAUUGAAGAGCAAACCGACGAACCUGACCAUGUUGAUGUACCCCAAGAUGGGGCUUUCAAAUGCAACGAGUGCCCCUUUUCUAGUGAUAGUCAAGAGGAGCUCGAAGAACACCUUCCUGGCCAUACGGCGACGAAUGAAAGUGUCUCCAAGUGUCAAUUUUGCAAUUAUUUCGUCAAUCAAAAAGAGAGUCUUUUUGAUCAUUUGCGACUGCACGGAAUCGCAGAUCCUGAAGAGUUCCUCAGCAAGUUUUAUUCGAGUCCUGAGGGGGACCUUGGGAAAAGGUUCAAGUGCAUGGUGUGCCCCUACGUGACCAACUCCAAGUCGCAGUACACCUAUCACAAACAGUUUCACAAACCGAGAGGGGGCCAAUACACUUGCACCCAAUGUAGUUACAAUGUGAGUAAGCGGCACUUGUUGCACCAACAUUUGAAAGUGCAUGGGAUUAGUAUUACGCCUCAGAAGCAAAACGGCGAAGUGAUCGAUCUUGACGAUAUUUCCGACGAAAUAGAGGAGGUGUCAUCUGGUGGUUUCGAGGGACAAAACUUCCCAGAUAUCCCGCUAGUUUGGGUCUCGAAAAAUGAUAAAUUCUCCAAGAUGUUUAAGUGUCGCUACUGUCCACAUGUCAAUUUACGGAAAGUUAACAUCCAAGAACACGAGAAAAUGCACAGUGUCAGGGAGAAAAACCCGAAUUCGAGUCGUUUGAACGAUGUGGAACACCGAUGUACGGAGUGUAACUACGUUUGUAACAAUGCCGGGGUUUUAUCAUCGCAUUCAAAGGUCCACCAAGGGUUGUACGGGACGGUUCAUUGUCUCGUAGAUCAGGUCAAGUCAGACGAGGAGCAAAUCCGCGAAUUGAGCAAGUUUUUAAGUCCACGACCACUGGAAACGAUUAAUUUGGACGAUUACGAAAACCCGCCGGAAUGUUCAGGUUUUGGUGGCGAUUUAGAUGAACAAGACGAAGCAAACUUUUUGUAUUUUUGUGGCGAAUGUCCGGCCCGCUUUUUGAAAGAAAACGAAUACAAAAUCCAUACUAGAUUACACGGAUUGAGGUCGUACUACAAGUGUGACCAUUGCUCGUAUUCAGCACGUCAAAAACCCCAUUUGCUCGCGCACAAAAACGUCCACUCACAACAGUACCAAGAUCGGACGCAAGUGUUGCAAAGUAUGUACAAAUCGAACAACCAACCCCCUGAUUUAUACACCUGUUUGAACAAUGAAGGAGAAACGAUUUGGUUGGUGUCUGGUUGUAAUAGCGAAGUCAAAGAUUUGGAAAUGGACGUUGAGAGUCUAAGUGCCAUACUAAGUAAACCGUUGAAGAAUAGUCUAAACGUUCCGUUGUCGGGGACCGAGCUCUUCCAGCAGAAGCAAGCGCAGAUGCUCAAGGAGCCUUCGCCCCCUAAAGCCAGCGACCCCCAAUUCGGGAGUCUAAUGCACGGCAACCCCAAUUUCGUCUACCCCACGUACCUGAAGAACGGCAAAAUGAAAGAGAAGCGUUACAAGUGCCAUAAAUGCCCCAGUGCUUUCGAAAAGCGGGAGCAGUACAAGGUCCACUUGAACUUGCACGGGUCGAAGCAGCGCUACAACUGCGAGUUUUGCGACUAUUCGGUCAAGUAUUAUGCGAAUUAUGUGCAACACUUGAAGAAGCAUAAAAUGAAUUCGGAGGCUUUGGCUGCGCGUGACGUUGAGAUGGACGUUGAGGACGAAGAAGUUACCAUUGAGGCUAGUGAUGAGAAGAAGCUUUCGCUCGGUGAUCAGCAGACGUUGAAUAUACUCGAGCAACGAUUGCUAGUCAAUAGUGAUAAUAAGGAGGAGGAGGAGAAGAAGGUUGUGACGUUUAGUUGUCCGAAUUGUCCGUAUGUGAACCAUAGGAAGGACGCGGUGGACAACCACCAGAAGCGACACGGGAGUAAAAGUAACUACACGUGCGAGCAUUGUGAUUACUCUGUUCCGCAAGUGCACUUUUUGAGGGAUCAUGCCAAGUUGCACUUUGUGCCGAAUAAUAAGGGACAAGUGGAUGGCUACAUGUAUUGUGAUAGUUUCAAGCUAGUGGGGAGGAAAGUGGACGAAGAGAAGGAAGAUGUGAUUUUUGACGAAGGGGCGGAGGAAGUUACCGACAAGUUUAAUAAUAACGACGGGGAAAAACAGUUUGUUAAUGUAGACACCGGCGAAGUCGCCGAACGGGGGAGUAGUGAUAAAAUGGAUGAGAGUUAGUCAGAUUUCUAGUGAUAAUUCUUCAGAGGACUAACAGGUUUGCCUUAGUCGUAAUAUAGAGUAUUUCUACAGAGUAUUUUCACAUAUUGAUAGCAAAUUUUCAUCUUGUAGUAUUAAUUUUAAAGAAUUUUCUUACUUGAAUAGUGUUGUAUCUUGUAUUUAUUUUAUCUAGUUGAUGUUCGUUCGUCAUUUCAUGGGUUUAUUAAUUAAUAACGCCAAAGCAUUUAAUGCCAAAUUUUGCCAUUAUUGUUGUAUUAUAUUGUUUACAGAGAAUAUAUGAGUUAUUGCAUU